UUUCCUGCAUUAGGGAGACAGACACAGAGAAAGAGAGAGAGAGAGGUUGGGGUGGCGCUUCUCACUGGCGAGCCGAGCCAGCGGCACAAGAGCCAUCCUGAAGGCUAUUGGGUGGGAUCACGGUCCUUAUUUUGAAACAAAACACAGCAAAACAAAAAUCUCCCGAGCAGUCCGGUCCGGAGCAGUCUCUCCUCAUGCAUUGGAUUCGAUCCACUGGAUCCUUGGCCUUGGAGGAGGAGGCGGAGGAGGAGAAAGCGAGGAGGCUCCUGAAGCCGAUGCGGAUGUAAGGUUCCCCGGGCUGUGUGAUUUUUCAAUCGGGAGGCUGUGAAGUAGGCAGGGCUGCUUGGUUUGGUGUUUCUGGUUCCCCCCCCCUCCCGCCUUCCCUCCCUCCCUCCCUCGCCUCUGUCGUUGCUGCUGCCGCCGCUGCACAGACAAGACAGCACUAGCGCGUGCAAGAGCCUCGGAUUGCUUUUGCAGGAGACUGAUCCAGAAUUAUGAUCUAAAAAGGAAAACAAAAGGAAGAGGAGGGGGCGAAAGGCUGUGCUGCAGCCACUCUCCGAGGAUCUCUUGGUUGCUGCUCGGGUUGCAUUUGGGAUUUCUGCAAGCAGGGACGUUUCCCCCCUCCCUUUCCCUCCUGUCCCCUCCUUGUUUUUCCGUUAGAAAACACACAGGCGAGGAAAUACAUAUAUGUGUGUACAUAUGUGUGCGUUUGUGCCUUCCUUCACUGGAUGUCGCAAGAGGAAAAGCUAAAAUAAUCAUAGGUAGCAAAAGCAACAAGAAGGAGCCCCCAUAUAGCCUCCUCCACCCCUUCACUCAAACCUGUCUCCUUAUUUAUUGGCGAAAUCUCCUCACCUCCCUCUUCACUCCAGAGUGUGCUUGAUCCCAGGAAAAAAGUGAAGCCAUCUAACCAUGGUGGUUUUCAAUGGCUUGCUGAAAAUUAAAAUCUGCGAGGCGGUGAAUCUUAAACCCACAGCUUGGUCAUUAAGGCAUGCCGUGGGACCCAGGCCUCAGACCUUUCUACUGGACCCAUACAUUGCUCUCAACGUGGACGAUUCAAGGAUCGGGCAGACCUCGACCAAGCAGAAAACUAACAGCCCUUCCUGGAAUGAUGAGUUUGUUACUGAUGUUAGUAAUGGCAAGAAGAUCGAGAUGGCUGUUUUCCACGAUGCCCCCAUUGGGUACGAUGAUUUUGUAGCAAACUGCACUAUCCAGUUUGAGGACUUGCUGCAGAACGGGAGCCGCCACUUCGAGGAUUGGAUUGAUUUGGAACCAGAAGGAAGGGUGUAUGUCAUCAUAGAUCUUUCAGGCUCAUCAGGAGAAGCACCCAAGGACAAUGAAGAACAUGUCUUUAGGGAGCGAAUGCGUCCCAGAAAGCGUCAGGGAGCAGUGCGGCGCAGGGUCCAUCAGGUUAAUGGGCACAAGUUUAUGGCCACCUAUCUUAGACAACCAACCUACUGUUCACACUGCCGAGACUUUAUAUGGGGAGUAAUAGGAAAGCAGGGGUACCAAUGUCAAGUUUGCACUUGCGUAGUCCACAAGCGAUGCCAUGAGCUUAUAAUAACGAAAUGUGCUGGCCUGAAGAAACAGGAAGCCCACGAUGAGGUGGGUUCCCAGCGCUUCAGCGUCAACAUGCCUCAUAAGUUCAGCAUCCACAAUUACAAAGUGCCCACUUUCUGUGACCACUGUGGUUCAUUGCUCUGGGGUCUUCUGAGACAAGGUUUACAAUGCAAAGUUUGCAAGAUGAAUGUACAUAGACGCUGUGAAUCAAAUGUGGCACCAAACUGUGGAGUAGAUGCUCGAGGGAUAGCUAAAGUUCUCACAGACCUGGGCAUCACUCCAGAGAAGAUCACUAACAGUGGACAAAGAAGGAAGAAGCUUGUUCCAGGUGCUGAAUCUCAACCACCAGUUCCUGGAUCCUCACCAGGAGAAGAUGACAGAUCAAAGUCUGCACCAACUUCUCCAUGUGAUCAAGAAAUUAAAGAGCUUGAAAAUAAUAUUAGGAAGGCUUUGUCAUUUGACAAUCGAGGAGAAGAACACCGGGGAGCAGGAACAGCCUCAACUGACAACCAGUUAAAUGCACUUGGGGAGAACGGUGAAAACGGGGAAGUCAAAGCCCAGAUGAAACGCAUGGGCCUCGAAGAGUUUAACUUCAUUAAAGUCUUAGGAAAAGGCAGCUUUGGAAAGGUCAUGUUAGCUGAGCUCAAAGGUAAAGAUGAAGUGUAUGCAGUAAAAGUCUUAAAGAAAGACGUCAUCCUACAAGACGAUGAUGUUGACUGUACAAUGACAGAGAAACGGAUUCUGGCAUUAGCACGGAAACAUCCCUACUUAACUCAGCUCUACUGCUGCUUCCAGACCAAGGACCGCCUCUUUUUCGUCAUGGAGUAUGUCAAUGGAGGAGACCUAAUGUUUCAGAUUCAACGCUCGCGCAAGUUUGAUGAGCCUCGUUCCCGCUUCUAUGCAGCAGAAGUCACAUCAGCACUCAUGUUUCUCCAUCAGCAUGGCGUCAUCUACAGGGACCUGAAACUGGACAAUAUUCUUCUGGAUGCAGAAGGUCAUUGCAAACUCGCUGACUUUGGAAUGUGUAAGGAAGGGAUCUUGAAUGGAGUAACUACUACUACCUUUUGUGGAACACCAGAUUACAUUGCUCCAGAGAUCCUCCAAGAGUUAGAAUAUGGUCCUUCUGUGGAUUGGUGGGCUCUGGGUGUUCUUAUGUAUGAAAUGAUGGCUGGCCAACCUCCCUUUGAAGCUGAUAAUGAAGAUGAUCUUUUUGAAUCCAUUCUCCAUGAUGAUGUGUUGUAUCCAGUGUGGCUUAGCAAAGAAGCUGUUAGCAUUUUGAAAGCUUUCAUGACAAAGAAUCCAAAUAAGCGACUUGGUUGUGUGGCAUCACAGAAUGGUGAGGAUGCCAUUAAACAGCACCCGUUCUUCAAGGAAAUUGAUUGGGUUCUUCUAGAACAAAGGAAAAUCAAACCGCCCUUUAAACCUCGGAUUAAAACCAAAAGGGAUGUAAAUAACUUUGAUCAAGACUUUACACGAGAAGAUCCAGUAUUAACACCAGUGGAUGACACAAUUAUAAAGCAAAUCAACCAAGAGGAAUUUAAAGGCUUCUCGUAUUUUGGAGAAGAACUGUUGCCGUAAGACUCCAGUAGGACCAGCCAGUGACUGACUUUGAAAGACAUGGUCCUAAAUAGGCCCUCCAGUUAUUAUUUCUCUGACAUUGAGCCUGUAUCCCCCACUUUAUACUUUGAUCUGGAGGCACUCAUAAUUUAUGUCUCACAAAGCAAUGCAAAAUAUUUUGUAUUAGAAACUGUAAAGGUAACACAUUGCUGUUAUUGUUUCUUUUCUAUUUAAAAUUUUUCUUUUAUUCCUCAGAUAUCCCAGGAAUGCAUUAUUUGUAAUUUGUUUUCAUCAAGAUCAAUUCAGACAGCCAUUUUAAGUAGAAAAAGCAACCAGAAAAUAAUUUUUCUAUUAUGUUGUCAUGUACAACAGCGCUCUAGUAAAUUUACCUCCAACAUUUUACAACCUCUCAAAUAAAUGAAGUUUCUGAA